AUGAAAGUGGCAGAUUAUUUAAUAGGUCAAGAUAACUAUUCUCGAGGUGGGAAUGGUUCCGGGCUUAGCUUGAUCCAUGUAGCGGUGUGCAAGGAGCGACACGAAAUUGUCGAAUAUCUCGCAAGUGCGUUCCCAAAAAGCGUCGAUAUUUUGGACGUGAACGGUCGAGCAGCAAUACAUUAUGCCGCAAUUCAGCAGAAUGCAAUUUAUGAUACUCUGAUCGACUGCGGGGCGAACGAAUUGCUCGCCGAUCGGACUGGCCUAACAGCAGCUCAGUAUCGUGAAAAUCCCCGAACCACGCUAUCAGUGCCGUCACCUCUAAUGUCUGCCGCAGCUGGACUCACUUUCAAUCGAUUCUUGCUUGACGAAAAUUUGUAUGACCCCGGUAAUGCUAACUUUUCUUCGCAAUUUUUAAGUAAAGCAUUUUUUGAAAAAAAAGUCUUUAUUUUGGAUGCUCCAAGUGAGAGCGACCUGAAUCAGUGGCUUCUGGAAGGUAACGUUGAUCAGCUGGAGCAAGUUCUUCUGGAUGGACGUGGUCAUUUGCUGGCUGACCGAACUUCUACCAUUGAAGCUGUGAACGAAUUUCUCAAUGGAAUACCCAAAUAUCAGAGCAAAAUCGACGCCAUUCACAAGGCCGUAGAAGAGGGAGACGUACGUCGCGUGAAGUCUCUGAUCGAUCGCGAGCAGCUUUCGACAGCUCGCAAUAAAUAUGGUAAUUCCGUCUGGCCCAGUUUCCUCACUAAAGACAGUUUGUUUUUGCAGUAG